CUGCGCGUGCGCCCGAACGGCCGCCCCGCUCCCGGAAGUGGAGGGUUUACACGGCUCGCCGCUGGGUCUGGGUGCCCGGAGGCGGCAGCGCUCUCGACGUCCCCUCGCUGUGGCCUCCGACCGCCAUGUCGGCCUUCGACAGCAACCCCUUCGCCGACCCGGUGGACGUGAACCCCUUCCAGGAUCCGUCGGUGACCCAGCUGACCAGCGCCCCCCAGGGUGGCCUGGCUGAAUUCAACCCUUUCUCGGAGGCAAAUGCGGCCACCACCGUGCCCGCCGCGCCGCGCCCCGGGCCCGCGGGGCCCUCGCAGCCCGCCGUCCUCCAGCCCUCGGUGGAGCCCGCGGAGCCGCACCCCCAGGCUGUGGUGGCUGCAGCCCAGGCAGGCCUGCUCCGGCAGCAGGAAGAGCUGGACAGGAAAGCCGCCGAGCUCGAGCGCAAGGAGCGGGAGCUGCAGAACACCGCGGCCAACCUGCACGUCAGGGAGAACAACUGGCCGCCGCUGCCGUCAUGGUGCCCCGUCAAGCCUUGCUUCCACCAGGACUUCUCCACCGAGAUCCCCGCCGACUACCAGCGCAUCUGCAAGAUGCUCUACUACCUCUGGAUGCUGCACUCACUGACUCUGUUUCUGAACCUGCUUGCGUGCCUGGCCUGGUUCACCAGCGACAUGUCCAACGGCGGCGGGGGCACGGCCUUCGGGCUCUCCAUCCUGUGGUUUCUGAUCUUCACGCCCUGUGCCUUCCUCUGUUGGUACCGCCCCAUCUACAAGGCUUUUAGGUCCGACAACUCUUUCAGCUUCUUCGUGUUCUUCUUCGUGUUUUUUUGUCAAAUUGGGAUCUACUUCAUCCAGCUGAUUGGCUUGCCUAACCUGGGGACCAGUGGUUGGCUCGCCGCGCUGUCUUCCAUCCACCAAGGACCCCUGGCUGUGUCCAUCAUCAUGAUGGUGGUGGCCGGCUUCUUCACCCUCUGCGCCGGCCUCUCACUCUUCCUCCUGCAGCGGGUGCACUCCUUCUACCGGCGCACGGGGGCCAGCUUCCAGCAGGCGCAGGAGGAGUUCUCCCAGGGCAUCUUCAGCAACCGCACCUUCCGCAGCGCCGCCGCCUCCGCCGCCCAGGGGGCCUUCCAGGGCAACUAGGCCGCCCGCGCCGCGCCCGCGGGCCUCCGAGCCGCCUCCACCCCGGGACGGGCCAGGGACAGGGAUUUUAUUUUAUUUUUCUUUUUUACACAAGAGAAAAGCAAAAAUAACAACGCUGUCUUUCCUUCUCUGGGAGUGGUCGGUAGGGUGUUUGUCUGGAAGCUGUCUUUCCUCCUGCAACACACCGGAGGACACACUUGCGUGCACACACGCGCGUGCGCACACACGCGCGCUCACGGGAGACCCCUGCCCGGCCAGGCCCCCUCCUCUAGGAAGGCCGCGCUGCGGCUUCCAUUCCACUCCAUGCGUGGAGCCCGGGGCCUGCGCCUGCUCGGGCGGGGUCUCCCCGGUGGGUGGGGGAGGAGGCUGCAGUGUGGGCGCGCGGGCCGCGCGCCUUCCCCGGGUCACUGCGCGCUGGGCUCCAGGGCCUCCGGACCGGCGGCCCCGACUCCCCCUGCGUCCUCCUCCAUGGACGCCCCAGCUGCCCGCCGGCCCCGUGCAGCCCCGUGUGGGCGCGCUGGUGCCCCCGAGCCCCCCAGACUUUGUGAAUGUACGGCGGGCUGGGGGCGCCGGGGGCGGGGAGGGGCCCGCGGUGGUUUACAGCCUAUGGCGGGGUUGGGGAAGUCCCGCUUCCAGGUGCGACCUGCCCGGCUCUGCGCCCCACUCCCUCCCCGCGCUCCUGUGCCCCGGCCCGCCGCCCCGCCCGUGCCUUAGCCCGACCCCCGGCCUCGCCCUCAGCAGUACCCAGCCUGGGUGGCUCCCAGGGAGGGCGGGGGUCCCCCAGAGCCGGGUCCUGCAGGCAGGACUGCCCGCCACCUCUCCGGGAGGGCUCCCGCGUCCCAGUGGAGGCUCGGCGCCCUUCUCCUCCCUCGAGGGCCCGGGAAGCCCCCGGGAAGCCUGCGCCCUGCCCCGCGGGGCCCGCCGGAGCCUGCGCCCGCCGUGGCCGGCGGCCCCCGGAAGGACAGCGCCAGGGCUCUGUAAGCGGGCGGGCCGCUCGUCCUCCGUGUACAAAUGUAUAUGUUCAGACUCCAUUUUUUGUGCUUAAAUAAAAAGACAUUUUCAGAGAG